AUGUGUUCUGAGAUGGGCUCCAGGUACACGGGCCUGCUGCUCUUGGCCUUGGCCAUUGCCGCCAUCAUCGCCAACCUCCUGCUGUACUUUCCCAGCGGACAGGUGCUGGAGCCUGCCAAGAUCACAGACUUGGUCUGGUUUUUCCACGGCUUUCUUGGAGCUGGACUCUUGGUUAUGGUGCCAGCACUGAUAAUGUUGAGGGGAGGUGGAGAGGACUGCUGUGCUCACAGAUGUGGGAUGCUGUUCCCUGUGCUCCUGGCCAUACAGGGCACUGUGGGUGCCGUGUAUUGUGUGGUCAUUUCUUCACUGGGUUUGCUCAGUGGCCCCCUCUGUGACACAGGCAGUGGAAACUACACCUACCCGUUCAGGAAUUAUUCCCUGGAGAACAGCUACUUACUCAACCAACCCACCUGGGCUAACUGCCAAGAGCCUGAGCACAUCGUCCUCUGGAACGUGGUCUUGUUCUCCAUCCUGCUGGGGAUCGGCGUGGUAGAAGCUGUCCUUUGCCUCAGCCAAGUCAUCAGUGGACUCUGUGAUAUCUUCUGUGGUACAUGCGUCCGAAAAGGACAGUUAAUCCUACGAAGCAAGAAGCGUUAUAAUGCCAUCUUACAGAUGAGGAACUCAGGCUCAGAGAGGUUCAUUUACUUGUCCGAAGUCAGCAAAUCUAAGUUUUGA